CUGCUGGAUGCGGCUGCUGUGGGUCUGGAUGACUGUUGAAAUCCUGGAGCUGGGGCUCAGCGGGCUCUAGGUGUGAUCCGUGUCCAAGGGACUGUAGGGCAUGAUGAAGAACUAAGACCCUAGGGCCCUGCAGGGCGUUCCCCAAAGCAGCCCCGGCUGAUGGCACAGGCUGAUGGCGAACUGGGAAGAGAAAGGGCUGGGGGAAGGGGUUGAGGCUGGCCGCAUCCUCCCUGUUUCUCUUUUCUAGCUGCUCUAGCCCUUCGCUGACCUCACUCUCGAUUUAAACGUCAUUUGGAAGAUGUUCACGUCCAGAUUCACAUCUGGACAAGCAUCCCAGCCUUUGGGGCGGUGGUCUUGAUGUUCUCACCUGCUGUAUCAGAUGCAGAGGUGAGACAUGGUAAUUUCUCAGCCCCUUCCCCCCCAGUGCCCGGUGCUGCCCAAGUUCCCUUUCUGCAGUGACCACAGCUCUGACACACGGCUUCCUGUUGGGGUUUCCUUGGCCUCAUUCGGGCCAUUUCCUUCCCCAACAGAGGGACCUGAACGCAGGCUGGUGCAGACAUGGUGCCCCUGCUGCUGCUGCCCCUGCUGUGGGGGGGGUCCCUGCAGGAGGACUGGGGGUACAAGCUCCAAGUGCAGGACACGGUGACGGUGCCAGAGGGUCUGUGUGUGCACGUGCCCUGCACCUUCUCCUAUCCCAGGAGCUCGUGGCCUACCCGUGAGAGGCCCUACGUGUACUGGUUCCGGAGUGGGGACAGCUCCCAUAACUCUCAGCCUGUGGCUACAAAUGAUCAAAAAACAAAGGUGAAGACAGAGUUCCGGGACCGGUUCAUCCUCGUCGGGAAGCCCGGGGAAAACGACUGCUCCCUGAGAAUCAGAGAGGCCAGGAGGAGCGACCAGGGACUCUACAGGUUCCAAAUAGAGACAGACUAUCGGAGAUAUGCUUACAGAGAUAAGCAGCUGAACCUGCAGGUGGCAGCCCUGACACAGGAACCCGACAUCCACUUUCCGGAGCCCCUGAAGUCUGGCUAUCCCACGAACCUGACCUGUAGUCUGCGGGGAAUCUGUGAAGAAGGAGGACCUCUCAGCUUCUUCUGGGUGGGGGGUGCUCUUGACUCGCUGGACCCCCAGACCCUCCACUCCUCGGUGCUGACCCUCACCCCGAGGGUGCAGGACCAUGGCAGCAACCUCACCUGUCAGGUGCACCUGCCAGGAGGUCAGGGCACCGUGGAAAGAACCAUCAGGCUCAAUGUCUCCUACGCUCCACAGUUGAUGACCACGCGUGUUUUUCAGGGAAACUACACAGUCCCGAAGAUGCUGAGCAACGGCAUGUCACUGCCUGUCUUGGAGGGUCAGUUCCUGAGCCUAGUCUGCAUCGCUGACAGCAACCCCCCUGCCUUGCUGAGCUGGUCCCGGGAGGGCAAAGCCCUGAGCCCCUCCCAGCCCUCGGCGCCUGGGGUCCUGGAGCUGCUCCACGUAGGGGUGGAAGAUGAAGGGGAAUUUACCUGCCAGGCUCAGAACACGCUGGGCUCCCAGCACAUCUCCAUCAGCCUCUCUGUGCACAGUAGCCCCUCUUCCUGCAACUGUGUGACUGAGAAGCAGGAGGGCUCCUGGCCCCUGGUCCUCACCCUGAUCAGAGGGGUCCUCAUGGGGGCUGGCUUCCUCCUCGCUUAUGGCCUCACCUGGAUCUACUACACCAGGGCUGGUGCAGACAUGGUGCCCCUGCUGCUGCUGCCCCUGCUGUGGGGGGGGUCCCUGCAGGAGGACUGGGGGUACAAGCUCCAAGUGCAGGACACGGUGACGGUGCCAGAGGGUCUGUGUGUGCACGUGCCCUGCACCUUCUCCUAUCCCAGGAGCUCGUGGCCUACCCGUGAGAGGCCCUACGUGUACUGGUUCCGGAGUGGGGACAGCUCCCAUAACUCUCAGCCUGUGGCUACAAAUGAUCAAAAAACAAAGGUGAAGACAGAGUUCCGGGACCGGUUCAUCCUCGUCGGGAAGCCCGGGGAAAACGACUGCUCCCUGAGAAUCAGAGAGGCCAGGAGGAGCGACCAGGGACUCUACAGGUUCCAAAUAGAGACAGACUAUCGGAGAUAUGCUUACAGAGAUAAGCAGCUGAACCUGCAGGUGGCAGCCCUGACACAGGAACCCGACAUCCACUUUCCGGAGCCCCUGAAGUCUGGCUAUCCCACGAACCUGACCUGUAGUCUGCGGGGAAUCUGUGAAGAAGGAGGACCUCUCAGCUUCUUCUGGGUAGGGGGUGCUCUUGACUCGCUGGACCCCCAGACCCUCCACUCCUCGGUGCUGACCCUCACCCCGAGGGUGCAGGACCAUGGCAGCAACCUCACCUGUCAGGUGCACCUGCCAGGAGGUCAGGGCACCGUGGAAAGAACCAUCAGGCUCAAUGUCUCCUAUGCUCCCCAGAACCUCACCAUCAGCCUCCUCUCCAGCAAUGUCACAGCCCUGAAGAUUCUGGGAAACGCCUCGGCCAUUCUCACCCAGGAAGGCCAGAUACCACGGCUGCUCUGUGCUGCUGAUGGCAACCCCCCAGCCUGGCUGAGCUGGGUCCUGAGGGGACAGACUCUGAGACCCUCCCAGACCGCAGACCCCGGGAUCCUGGAGCUCCCUCAGAUACAAAUGGAGCAUGAAGGAGACCUCACCUGCCAAGCUCAGAACCCGCUGGGCUCCCAGCACGUCUCCCUGCUUCUCUCUGUGGUCUACCCCCCGCGGCUGCUCAGCCCCUCCUGCUCCUGGGAGGGCGAGGGGCUGCGCUGUAACUGCUCCUCCCGAGCCCAGCCGGCGCCCACCCUGCGCUGGCGGCUGGGGGAGGAGCUGCUGGAGGGGAACCAGAGCAACGCCUCCUGGACCGUCACCUCCAGCUCUGCGGGGCCCUGGGCCAACAGCUCCCUGAGCCUCAGUGGGCCGCUGGGUUCCGGCCUCAGACUCAGCUGCGAGGCCCGGAAUGACCACGGGAAACAGAGCGCCGCUGUCCUGCUGCUCCCAGGGAAACCGGUGCUCCUGGCAGGAGCAGUGCCCGCAGCUCUUGGAGGUGCCGGUGCUAUGGCUCUGCUGUCCCUAAGUCUGUGCCUCCUCUUCUUUUGCGUAGUGAAAGCCCGCGGGAAGCAAGCAUCCGGGAGACGAGAGGGCCUGGAUGACGAAGAUCCUGUCAUGGGUACAGUGGCCUGGGGUUCCAGGCAAAAGUCCUGUCCAGACAGCCCCCCAACCCAAGCAACCCGUACUGGGGAUGCCCCUCCCUCAGGGGAGCAACAGGAGCUCCAUUACGCCUCCUUCAGCUUUCAAGGGAUGAAGCUGAGGGAGCCUAAGGAUGAGGAGAGCACAGGCACCAGCGAGUACUCAGAGAUCAAGACAAAUGAGGACGGCUUAGAGCUUGGGGCUGGCCCAAGGAAUCGCAGCUCCUGGGGCAGAGGAGAAGUCAGGCACUAAUCAGCAAAGCAUGUGGACCCCUGUGGCAAUAUGAACAGGAAGGACUGGCCGAGCGUACCCAGGUAGAGCUGACUCGGGCUCUCAUGUAGGCUGCCAAGGAAGUCACUUCAUCUUUCUGUGCCUCAGUUUCCUGUUCUGUAAAUCAGAGAUCGCGCAUUCUGCCUCAGAGGUGGUUGUGGACAUUAAAGAAAUUAACACACAGAAAUCAACCAACAAAAGUCCCGUCUCAACUGCCUUACCUAUGCUCAGUACCUACUGCUUUCUCUUCUUUGGACAGAAAAAUAAUUGGCAAGUUACCCUGAGGCUCGGGAUGACCAGGCCCGGAGCACAGCGUAGCGACCUGCUGGUGUCAUUCUCCUUCCCAGAGCUCUUCAGAGCCCCCUCAGGGAAAGAAAGACCAGUCGCUCAGCCUGGUGUUUGCUUCAU